AUGGCGUCAAACCAAGCAGCAUGGUUGGAAGGCAAGGAUGCCCCACUCGCCAUUGGCGCGGCGGAUAUGCCCAAGCCAGGACCCUCUGAGGUCGUCGUCAAGAACCACGCGGUAGCAAUCAACCCCCUCGAUUGGAAAAUGCAAGAAGGGUUACACGUCGACAAGUUCCCCGUAGUCAUGGGCACGGAUAUUGCCGGCGAGAUCCACGAGGUGGGAAGCGAGGUCAAGAACUUCAAGACAGGCGACCGCGUGCUGGCCCACUGCACCGGGAUAAUGGACCAGAAGCCCCAGUCCGGCGCGUUCCAGCUCUACAGCGCCGCCCACUCCGCCCUGGCGAGCAGGAUCCCCGCGGGCAUGAGCUUCGCCGACGCCGCCGUGCUGCCCCUGGCCCUCUCUACGGCGGCCCAGGGCCUGUACGCGCGCGAGUACCUCGCCCUGCCGGCCCCGCGCGCCUCUCCCGCCCAGCCCAGCAACAAGUGCAUCCUAGUCUGGGGCGGCUCGUCCUCGGUCGGCGCCGCGGCGAUCCAGCUUGCGAAGGCGAGCGGCGUGACCGUGCUCGCGACGGCGUCGGCGCGGAACCUCGAUGCCGUGAGAUCAGAGCUGGGCGCGGACCACGCGUUUGACUACAAGUCUGCCGACGUGGUGGAGGACAUCGUGGGGGCGGUCAAACAUCUCCGGGACACUCGCGGAGUCGAGUUUUUAGGAAUAUACGACGCCAUUUCUGAGCCUCGGAUAUUCAAAGAGGCGCUGGGGCCGAUAUUUGACAGGUUGGAGUCUGAGAAACUCAUCUCGGCGAAGAGACUGGUGAUGGUGCUCUUGCCGUCAGACUUGCCGGAUGACGUCCAGGUUAAGAUGGUGUUUGCGGGGAUGUUGUUGCCCGGCCAUGACUAUGAUGAUGUUACAAGUCUCGUUUGGGAGAGUUUCGUACCGGAGGCACUGGAGACUGGCAGGUUGAAGCCAGCGCCCCCUCCGCUAGUGGUUGGGAAGGGUUUGGAGGCUAUUCAAGAGGGGAUAAACCAGAACAAGAAGGGGGUCAGUUUCAAGAAGGUGGUUGUCGAGCUGUAG